AUGUCGCAGACUUCUUCCGACACUGCGGUAGCGCUGUCCCAAGCAAAGUCCCUCGAUGCCGUGCUCACAGAUGUCAAAGAGGACGUCCAAGAGCCGGAGUUGGUGGGCAACCCCUCUGCAGCCCACGUCGAAGAUCAGACGCCCGUCGUUCUAGAAAGACCCGACGGCAAGGCGGUAGUGGCUCUUAAGAAGCCCAACUUUGACCGUGAUACUAGCUACUUGGAUGGUAUACGAGGCAUCGCCAUGAUCAUGGUCUUCAAUACCCAUUUCGCUUUUGCCACUUGGCAGAACACGCACCCACUCGUUAUUCAGACAGGAACCCCGGUGGACAUCUUGAAGUCUGAGAUCGGAUUGAUCCUCUUCUUCAUGCUAUCAGGUCGACUCAACGUUACCUCCUACUUUCGCAGGAUGGCUAGUGGCACUCCCAUCAAUUGGAUCUCUCUACCAGACUCCAUCUUCCGACGAAGUCUGCGGUUGGCAUGGCUACCUAUACUCGCCUUUGUGCUUCAGACUGCUGAGUGCGCCAGUGAUGGCUUUCUUGGCGACAUGGCUGCCCAGAAGAUUCUUCAGACGGAUGGAGGGCUGGGCUACCCGCGAUGGUGCGCUGUAGUGAAAAAUCCGCAGGGUGAAGGCGGACUCCGUACCUUUACUACUCUAGGGAUGAUCGUCAAGGGCAUCGCUCGACUCUUCACUAGCUGGGAUCAUGACACACAGCUAGCAGAAACAUCCAUGCUGUGGUCACUGCCAACGCAGCUGUGGGGCAUGUUGUACGUCAUGAUGCUCAUGCCAAUCUUGGCGCACAUGACACCUGUUCGACGAUUUUGCCUUUACGCUCUGCUAGUCGUUCCCCUGGGCUACGUACGCAGCGCUUACCUGCCAUUCCUCAUGGGCACCAUCUCUGCAGACCUCAAAGCCACUGGACUGAUCCGCAAAUUGCAAGACAAGUCCAGAUUUGCAUACGUUACAAGCGAAGUCCUCAUGGUUGCAAUCUUUCUGAUCUUCCUCUGCUACAACAAGAUUCAAUACAGUAUCCUCUACGCUAUCGAUCCCAUUACAUACUGGGACGGCGCCAUCGGAAGCAAGAAUACCUCUUCUAACGACUUUGGCACCAACCCAGUCGUGAUUCUGCGCGCCUUCCUCUUGCUGCUUUGGAUCGAAAUGUCUCCUGCAAUCCAGUGGCUGGUCGGCAAUUUCGCAUUCAAGUGGCUGGGCCGUAAUGCCUUUGGCUUCUACGUCAGUCAGAUGUCCAUCAUCUACCUGAUCAUUCCCCCCAUCAUUACGUACUACUACAACCAAGGAGAGCUCUACUGGAAGGGUAUCGUCAAUUGCUGGUUGGCUGCAUUCGCGUUGAAUUGCGCCUUCGGUCUGAUUCUAACUCGUUGUGUAGACAAGCCCAUGGGGAAAUUGGGACCCUGGUUGCUCAAGACUUCCCGUGAACAGGGCACAUUGGGUGUUCUCCUUGCUGCUGGGCACAAGUGCUACUCCGCCAUCUUCAAAGGCAUUCCUUGGCUGCUCACGAAAGGCAUUCCAGGCUACUUUCUGGCAAAAGCAACAAGUGUGCGCUCCCUGGGCGGCGCAAUCCGUCAUUGGCACUCCCCGGCGCCGAUUGUCCCGCCACCAAGUCACCCUCUGGAUCAUGGUCUCGAGCAGUCGCAGCUUCAUUCCACAUUGUUCGACGCAGACAUUAGUGACGAGGAGCAGGCGGUGAGAACUCGCAAGCUGCUCCUCUUUUGGUCCUGGAUGGCGCCUAUCAAUUUUGCUAUUAUCCCAGGCUUUGGUCUGAUUUGGGGCUUCUUGAAUCCUUGGCACAAAUACAUCACCACGGAUGCGGCUUCUUUCUCGUCCCUUUGGCGAGUAUUAUGGCUUCUGGCAUUGCCCUACUGUCUCAUCACGUUAAUUGGCUACGGCACACCGGACGUCACGCGGACCCCAGAGAACAUGAAGAAGAAGCCCGUCGAGCGCGAGUGGCUACACAACCUUUAUAUCGUGUCCGUGACUCGUGGAUCAAACGAAGAGGCCACACGUCGGGCGCACGCCAAGCUGAAGAAAUUGGAAAAGUACCAUCCUGCGGUCAGAGUCAUGGUCUUGACCGAUGAGCCGUACGCAUAUCCCGACCUGGACAAUCUAGUAUGCCCCAAGGCGUACUCUUCUCCAAAAGGACUGGCUAAACACAAAGCCAGAGCUCUUGACUACUUCCGUACCACAAUGAAGCUGACUUCGUAUGAUUAUGUGCUCCAUAUGGACGAAGAGAGUACCAUGGACGCAGAGAGUCUGCGCGGCUGCUUUGACUUCAUUCGUUACACGACCCACCAUAUGGGUCAGGGCAUUAUCAUCUACAAUGGACAUCGCUACUUCGAAGGGGUCAAAGGCUGGCUUUUCGGUAUCGCUGAUUCCAUCCGCGUUGGUGACGACCUGGCUAGAUUUUCCCUGCAGGGCAACAUCGUCCACAGACCCAUCUUUGGUAUCCACGGGUCCUUUCUCAUGCUCAACGGUGAUGCCGAAAAUAAAGUUGGAUGGGACUUUGGAAGUCUUGCAGAGGACUUUGAAUUCUCGCAAGCGGCUUGGAAACAGGGCUUCACACUGGGCCGCAUUCAUGGAGUGGUUCGAGAGCAGAGUCCCGAAGGCUUUGUGGACUUUAUGAAGCAGCGCAGAAGAUGGUAUAUGGGCAUUCGUCAAAUCGAAGGCAUUUACUACCUUCCUGCUCUCGCCAUCAAACUCUGGACCGCAGGGAUCUUCUGUCUCGCAGCCACUGUUCUCAACGUUCUCUUUUCUUUGCUACUCAGCUGGAGCGGAGAUUCACCUUGGUGGAUUUACGUAACCUCCUGCUUCUGCUUCGGUGCCUUUAUCUGGCUAUACUUCGGAGGUUUGAUCUUCGAGGAGCUCGACUACGGCUACCACUGGACGCAAUGGUGGCAGAUCCCCCUCCAUCUGGUCUGCCUGAUCUUCAUUCAGCCGUGCAUGUCGCUUUUCGAAGCAUCUGCGGUCAUUUGGGCCUUGUCCACGGAAGAUGGAGAGGUUGGCUUCCAAGUAGUCAAGAAAUAA